GUUUUCGUCCCGAAGCUGGAGAAAAAGAGGCGUGAAACCUGACCUGCAUUGAUUUAAGUACUCAUACCUAAGAGUCCCGUAUGUAACCUGACCCUUACCAGUCAAACAUUAACUGCCGUAGCCAGCUGCAUAACUGCAUAAAAAUCAUUUAUUCUCUGUAACAAUAACUUUUUUAUCGUCCCAAUGCCCAGCAAUUGGGCAAUUCGGUUCGGAUAUAUUCAGCUCACUGUAAAUUCUUUGCUACCUACUUUUCCUCCUCCGUGCUCGGCCAAAAUUUCAACGGUGUUCGGACCACCGUACCUGUUAAUUCUUUGGCUCGACACAGAUUAGCAAAAGUCACUGACACAGCAUAAUUUAUCCGUUCAGAGACGAUUACUAUUUAUAUUUAUAUUUAUUUCAUUUUUUUGUCUUCCAAAUCAGCCUUUAUCAACCUCCCCACUGUUAUUCCUGGGAAUGUAUGAGAAGCUAACAGAAUAACAUAAGCAAUUUAUCUGUUGAAGGCCAUACGCUAAAGCAAAGAGGGACUGUGCCGAGGUUGCCAUGGCAGCGUGCGAAGGACUUUGUGAAUACUUGGUUAAAGAUAAAUACAAUACCUUCUGUCCACCAACACCGCAGCCUCACGACCCAAAAGAGUACGACAUAAAGGCAGAUUGUUCAGUUCUGUAUAAACUGAAUUGCAACGAUUCGGUGCUGUACGAGAAGGCCAUGGAAUGUGAGGAUCAGGGAGCCGACAAGUUCGCCAACGACAACGAUCACGACUGCAGCGAGGAGAAGAUAAGAAACAGAAAAUGCCUAGAGGAAAGUCUUCUUAACAACGCCUUGUGCACGUCAAAUGUUCAGCUUCUGGAUGAAACCGAAAAAGCUCUUCACGGGACAUUGAGUAAUGAGCGACUGUUUUGCAACGAGGUGAACUUAAAUACCGUUUCACUGGAUGAGGAUGUCCAGUCGCUGGCCGACUGUCAACCAGAGUUUUUCGAUGAAGCAGAGGAUUGCGCGAGACCAUUUCGCGACAACUUCAAAACCACGGCAGCAGCGGAGAGAAUAAGUGACCAAACAUGCAGUCAAUACCAGACAGCAAGACAGUGCAUCAAUAGGGCCAGGGAAGAUUACUGCAAUUUUAAGACACACGUUCUCGCCAUCACUACAAAUAUAAACAACCCGUUUUGUCCAUCCGACGCAACUACAGAAAGUGUCAGUUUAAUGCUUCAGCUUGUUGCCUAUAUCAUCCCACUUCUGUUCUUUUCGUAAGAGGGUUAGUAAAUUACUCUCGCGCUGCACAUAAGAGCAAAUGCAAUAGCUGUUACCGCGGUCGAGUCUGCGGCAGCAUCCUUUUGACUCUAUAGUCGACUUCCGCUUAGGUUGUCGAAACAUCAGUCACGUGCAACAGUUGUUAUUAGAUCCAAACUCAGCGAGAUGAUAACACUAGAUAAAAUGCGUAAACAUUUCUUUUGUUAAGAAGGCACACAAACGAGAUAGACCAACUUGUUCAAGACAAUACACUCAGAAUAACCUUUCAUCUUUCCUAGCAACUCUCGUAAACUUGUCAAUCUGUUUGUCGUCAUAGUGUUCCAACUGUUACUGUUUUGGGGCCAAGGGGCAUUGUUUCUGUUGUUUGUUCUAUUGUUCUCUUAAAGGCAUCGAGAAAUUCACGCGAGACCUCGCGAGAGCUGGUCCGAUCGUAUCUUUGUUUUACUGAGUUUUAACGCUGAGAAAUGCAAUAACAGCUGUUACUAAGCGUAAAAUUACAUCACAAGAGAAAAUUAAGUGGUGGUUGCAGUACAACAAUUCACUUCCACCACGGAAUAUAAGUUAGCUUUUUUGGUAUCAGGAGGUGACUACCAUCAGUCCAUUGUCGAGCGUACAGAACGAGGAGCUGCCUCUAGGAAAUUUAGUGUGGUUGUUGCUAUGACAACCAUACGGUCCUACGUACGUCAUUUUGUAGAAACUGACACUGAAGAGCUUAAAAAGGGUUACCUUUGUAAGAACUGUAUCCAUCGUGCCUGCACUUCUAUCUUAUGCCGAUUGGUUUCGAUAAAUACGUAUCAUACUUAAGAAGCAACCAAAAUCACUGCACCUCAGAACACGAAACGUCCCUAAGACAGCUUUGAACGUGCAGUCCAUAAUAUGACGACCUUAUUUUAGUGUUAUACCUCAACUAGCCAAUAAACGACGUUGAGGUUAAUAUUUUUAGCGACUACAGAAUUUUAUUAAAAUAUUCUUACCAUGGCAACCGUUUCCUAUCAUUUCUCAAGAGGAUGUAGUGGGGAGAAAGGUAAGGGUUUCAUUCCCUCUUAAUCCCUCUAUCAGUCAGUCCAAAAGAGUCAAGUUAUGGCGACAAGAAAAAAAGCGCAGGGACCCAGGGUUAAGACUCCAAGAUAGGAAGGAUUAGGAAUCCUGAAUCCUUUAACCUCCCCUCCUUCCCCUCUUUGGGACCUUAACCUGAUGA